CCGUGCGCGUGCACGGCUGCGUGACGCAUUCAGGGAUUCUGAGACUUCGUAACUUCGGGCUUACGGCAUGACUCCAGUCAAUGGAAAACCCCGCGACGGAGCAGAGCAGAUAAAAGGUCCAAACUGGUCCAAAUGGAAGCUGAAAGACAAACUCCGGAGCUGCGCAGCGGACACGCACUGACACACGCACACGCACGGCCACCCUGACAGACAUGGACACCUGGACAGUUCUCAAGAUGCUGCAGUACUUCCUGUUUGCAUCUUUGGUCCGAUCGGCUCCGGCCGGCUUGCCGUCCAACCUGCCGCCUGAGUUCAGAGAAACGGCCCUGAAGGCCAUGACGCUCGGUGAAAAAAUCCUCAAGGACAUUUCUGCAGCGCACGCCGCCGCAGUCAAGGAUUUCAGCCUCGAUUCAUCAACAUCCAACCUGCAGUCGAUGGCAGUGAUGAUGGAAAUCCCGUUCUCUCCCGUCAUCCAGGCGGUGUCCCCAGAGUUUCCCCUGGAGACAUUAGUUAGCCACAUGCUAGCAGGUGUUCAGAUGUACCAGAACCUGCUGGAGGUUCUGUCCAGCAAAGUGAGCGGUCUGGAUGACCUGAGAGCGGACCUGCGCGACCUGCUGAAUCACAUCAACAAGCUAAAGGAGUUGGCGCAACUUACGGUGGAAGUUUCGGAUCAGAACCCGAGCACGAACCUGGCCUCUCAUCUCCAGAACAGCCACAACGUUCCGGUGGCCUUCCGACUGACGUUUACUCGGCUGCGCUCCUUCUGUCAUGACUUGAACCGGACCUUCAAACACCUCUCCAAGCUGUUAGCUGCAGGUGCACGCUAAGCCCCGCCCACCUGGGCCGACUCAAUAGCUGCGCUUCCAUUGACUAUUAAAUUGCGCAAUUUCACAUUUCGAAAUAUUUUCACUUAUUUUGAAAAAACUUGUUUUUUGAUUAAAAACUUUAGCGCCAGGAUGAGGCAUCAAAAUUGGUUUAUUUUGCGAACCUGCAGUCACACGAGUCACAGCAGGAUGUUACCGCUGCUGGAAACCAUGAAGAAGACAGGAAGUAGUCGGAAGUUCAUGGCGGUGAAUGUCUUUAAAUAACUUACAGCGUGAACAAACUUAUUCAUGUGUGAUUUUAAUUACAUUUCUUAUUUAACAUGUUCCUGUGAGUAUUAGUGGAAUUUUAGCUGCAUUUCUAUUACAAUUCUACACAAAACUUUGAAGAUAUUACGCUAAUGUAAAAGAAACUGUUUGCAACUAAAUUAAAUUAGAAAAGCAAUGAAAAUCACGCAUGAAUAAGUUUGUUCACCCGAUAAGUCAUUUAAAAAAACAUGCAGCGUCGUCAUCCUCCAACCACUUCCUGUAGUCACAUCCGGUUGUUGAUCAUAUGACUUCCUGUGACUCGAACAAAUUUUGCAAACUGCAUUAACUUUGAUACAGCUGGAAACCCCAAAAUUCUAGCAGUAAAACUUUAUCAAAAAAUUUACGUUUUUCCGAAAUUAUCCAAAUUUAAUUUCCUAACUCCAGUUUUCCAACAGUCAGUGGAGGCGCAGCUACAGACAAAGUUUUACGCACAUUUGUAGUGGAAACGCAGUUACUGGAACGAUGUGGAAUGUAAAGUCAGAGCUCAAUCAGAACGGACUGAAGGAUCUGGUGCAGUUUGGUUCUGCUAGAUAAAGAUCCUAAAAGCUGCAGGCCAUUUAUCGGACCAUCUACGCUGAAUCAGAUCCAGAAGAAUCCUGAAGCUCAGUGUCUGUUCCGGCACGUCGGGCCGCUGCGCAUGUCUAGGACUAUGAGGAAUGCGAGCGCUGCCGCGGGGACAAACGUGUUUACAAACCUUCUAAGAAGCCAGAAAGAGCCGAUUGUGAGUUUUGAUGGAGGUUCUGCAGGUCCGGACCCGCUCGGCGCUUGGAGGAAUCUCUCCUUCUGCUGUUAAUCGGCCUCAUUACUGGAAAAGCAGCAGACUGACGGCAAGCAGUUUGAUGAAUGUUGAAACUUCUUAUUACCUGAGGCUGGAACAGAUCAGAGUUGAACUUUUAUUACUGCAGAGACAAUCGGAUCAACCGCAUCUUACAUUUGUUUACUUUCUGUUAAUGUAAACAACCUCCGGACUACCUGAGCGUUAUGCUGCCACCUGCCUGCAACAUUUUUUAUGUUUUUUUAAAAAUGUUUUU